AUGAAUUCUAACUAUAGUCAUCAAAGAAUAGAAGGAAUAGCUUUUGAUCCCAAUUUUGAUUUCCCGACAGAUAGUCUCCUGAGGGCCUUGAGAAAGGCAAUUCAAGUUGAAAGGGCCUUGCAAGAUAAUUCAUCUUAUCUAUCAGUGGAAAAUGUUUCGGUUGCUCAUGUCUUGUUACAAUCAAACCAUAAUGAAAACAAUAAAUCACCAAUAUCGAACUACACUGCAUCAUCUUCCCUUGAAUUGAGGUCUCCUUGGCCAUCUAUGACAUUUUCUCCUAAAGACAAAAAAUUUCUUGAAUCACAAGAACAACUUGAACAUAUAUUGAAAGAAAUUACCACCACAGAAACGGAUUAUAAAGAAUCUUUACGAAAAUUCAAUGUUCAUUAUUUAGAAGAAUACUUCAAUUCUGCUAUAGCUGCUAAAACUGAAGUGCCCACUCCUUUGAAAAUUGUCUAUUAUUGUAUUUGUCAUCUUUAUGAACUUCAUAGCUUGUUGGAAUCCAAAUUUGCAGAAAUUAUGAAUUCAAAUCUAGAUAAACUUCAACGAAUGAAAUCCUUUGGUGAAAACAUAUGUCAAUUUGGAAUUUGUAUUUUUUGGUAUGAAGAAUAUUGUAAUCAAUAUGGGAUGAUGAAAAAAAUAGUAUCAGGAAAUAGAAUUGGCAAAACCAAUCAGGUUUCACAAAAGCUGUAUGGUGAAUUAUCGCGAGCUUAUCAAAAUAUGUUGGAAGCAAGUAACAACCUUCCGAUAGAUAUGUCAUUUCUGUCUCUUUCACAAAGGCCAAUUUCAAGAAUUUCAAAAUAUCGGUUGUUAUUAGAAUCCAUUACAAAAAACUGUGGACUUCCUUCUGAUCCACUUAAAGAUUUGGAAGUUACAAUCAAGAAUAUAUGUAAUCAAUUGAAUCGAAUCAACGAAGAUGGAUUUAAAGUGGAACAAAACAAAUUUAAUCAAAAGAUUGAGAAUCUAGUAAAUUUUGAAGGAAUUAGUUAUACUUAUGAUAUUGAUUUGAAUUUCUUUGGAAAUCCAUUAUUGGUUGGAUCCUUAUCAGUAGUUUGGAUUCAAAAUAAAUGUGAAAAGAUUUGUUCAUCCCCAACUAUCUUAUUCAAAAGUCAUCUUGUUAUUUGUGAAGAUUAUCGAACUUUAUGGGCAAUCAAGCACAAUACAAAGUUCGUAAUACCUUUGAGUAAAACCAAGUUAAUAUAUGAUUUAAAUACUCCUGAUGAAGGUUUAUUCACGAUCUAUCCUUAUAAUUUAAAGAUCGCUUUUGAAGUUAACCGGUGCCAAUAUGAACUUUUAUUGAUUCUCCUAAAUGAGACAGAAUUCUCAGUUUGGAAGAAUGAAUUAGAUACAUUAAUAAACUUUGUCAAUGGUCCUUGUGAUUUGAAUUUUGUUGAAGAUAAGAUUGAUUAUGUUUACAAAUUGCCCAUAGGUAUAAGUCCAUUUGAUUUGAAAGUAAAUGGAAGCAAAUAUGAUUCGUUAGAGAGUUUAUGUUAUUUUAGAAAACCAAUUAUUGUGCUGAUACUGUUUGAUUUCGAUAUCAAACAUUACAUACUUACAAAAGAGGGAGAUGAUAAUAAAUUAUCAAGAUAUUUUACGAAUGAUAAAUCAUUAGGAUAUUUAAAUAAUGAUGAAAUGGAAAUGGAUUUAAUAAUUAAAAAAUGUAAAUUGGUUGCAAAUGAAAAAUUAUUAUAUCAAAUUUGGAGUCAACAAUUACCAAUUCAUUUUAAGAAUAAUUCAAAUCAAUUUAAAGAUUCUUUUUUAUUUAGAAAUUGGUCAAUUGGUAAGAAUAGAUCAUUAAAAGAAUUGAAUAUAUUUAANUUUUAUUUAGAAAUUGGUCAAUUGGUAAGAAUAGAUCAUUAA